GUGAGCAGACAGAGCAGCAACACCUCCAGCGACUCCGCAUCCCAGCCAGCGUCACCAUGAGAGACCACCCAAACCAGAGACCCCCGCCAGUCAACCGGAGGAAGUCCAACAUGGAGGAGGUUCAGGACGAGUUGAUGCACCGCCUCACCUUGGGUCGAAGCGCCAACAAGAAGUUUGCUGUUCCUGCUCGCAGCACCUCCCUCCCGUCCGUCAACGUCACGUACGACUCCUCCCCUGACGAGGUCAAGGCCUGGCUGCAGCUGAAGGGGUUCAGCUCUGUUACCAUUACCAGUCUGGGGGUAUUAACCGGAGCCCAGCUGUUCUCUCUAAAUAAGGAGGAGCUGAAGACGGUGUGUCCAGACGACGGGGCCAGGGUCUUCAGUCAGGUGACCGUCCAGAAGGCUGCUCUGGAGAGGAGUUCAGGGGCAGAGCUGCAGGAGAUCAUGCGGAGGCGUCAGGAGAAGCUGUCGGUCACAGCCUGUGACUCAGGGGUGGGAGUCAUCUGACGAGUGCAGCAGCCACUGAACCCUCCGGGCCUCGCCCACCUCCCUCGUGACCACGCCCCUUUACGUUGUCACGGUUUCUGUUUCCAGGACGCCACGGAGCGCGCCCGGUUCGCUGAGAUCCUGAGACGACGUCAGCAGCUUCUGGAGCAGUCACCUUAGUAGCGAAGCAACACCAGACAGACAGACUGGAGGGGUCAACAUGGACACAGAGUGAGCAUCCCAGCUGGGGAUGCCUGAUGACCUGUGGAUUUAUACACUUUCACUUCAAUGAACUAUUGUUUCUGAUUCAAAUGUGUCCGUUAUGUCUUGCACAGGAUGCUGGGAAAAAUAGAAGGAGAAAAUAGUUUCAACCUACACCUCAUUGGACCAGAGUUGUCCUAGUUACAGGUGGGGGUGUGUAGGAUAACACUGGACACAGAAUGGAUCAGGUGUGGUCUCGACCUACAGACGAAAUAGAACCGACCAAAAUAACCAUCGUCUGUGUAUUGAUUCUGAUCUACAGUAUUUCAGUUAUGAAUGAUAAGAUGUUUAUAAUAACCAAAUGUUGAAUAUAAUCAUUAUUGUGUAAAUCUUCUGGUUUACUGGUAAAGAGAAUAAUAUUAUAUUUAUGUAUAUAUCCUCUUUUAUGUUAUGGUAAUAUGCCAAAAUAGUAACUUGACAUAUAAAUGACAUUGGUCAAAUGAAUUUCA